GGUCGUUUGGCGGUGCAUCGAUAAUACUCCACUCUGCCUCUUUUUUUUCAUAUCCUUUUUCCAGUCCAGGACUUCAUCACGGGUGUUUUAAUGUCACGUCGCGAAAGACGCUUAACAAAAUGGAGCUAUCAAACAAACUCCGUUGGGACCAGUUCCUGAUUUUGGCAGCAGCACUUAUGUCACCUGCAGUAACGGUGCUGUGCAAUGACAUCCUCGGCCUGAAGGUGGCAGGAGAUCCAGUGCUAACCCCUAACUCCGUGUGCCUGAGGCUGGCGGGCCUCAGUAAGCGUCAGAUGCGGAUGUGUGUGCGCAGUCCCGACGUGACGGCCUCCGCCCUGCAGGGCAUCCAGGUGGCCAUCCACGAGUGCCAGCACCAGUUCAGGGACCAGCGUUGGAACUGCUCCUCGCUGGAGGGCCUCGGCAAACUGCCCAACCACAACACCAUCCUCAACAGGGGUUUCCGCGAGAGCGCCUUCUCCCUGGCCCUGUUGGCAGCGGGUGUGGCGCACUCUGUGGCCACUGCCUGCAGCAUGGGCAAGCUGCGGGGGUGCGGCUGCGAGGCCAAGCGUCGCCAGGACGAUGACAAGAUCCGACUGAAGCUCACACAGCUGCAGCUGCAGACCCUGCAGAAGGGCGGGGUAGGCAUCGGCAUGACACGGUCAUUACCCUUGGAGUUAAACGGUCGCCAUGGUGACCUGCCCGCUAACCUGCGCUCCGCCCACCCCUCUGCCCUGCUCACGCCCUUACCAGACGAGCUGAGCGCCAUGCAGGAGACCUGGGAGUGGGGGGGCUGCAGCCACGACGUCCGUUUUGGGGAACGUUUCUCCAGGGACUGGCUGGACUCCAGCGGGUCUCCAAGAGACAUCCACGCUCGCAUGAGGAUACACAACAACCGGGUGGGACGACAGACAGUGAACGACAACAUGAAGAGGAAGUGCAAAUGUCAUGGCACAUCCGGCAGCUGUCAGUUCAAGACAUGCUGGCACGUGUCUCCAGAGUUCCGGCUUGUGGGCUCUCUACUUAAGGAAAAGUUCCUGUCGGCCAUUUUUGUCAACUCCCAGAACAAGAACAAUGGGGUCUUCAACCCUCGCACAGGAAACAUCGCCAGCAGGAGCACAGGGGGGCUCAACGGAGGCCGUCGCCGUAGCAUGUCCAGAGAGCUGGUGUACUUUGAGAAGUCUCCUGACUUCUGUGAGCGGGAUGCCUCCGUAGACUCUCCGGGUACACAGGGACGCAUCUGCAACAAGACCAGCUACAGCACAGACAGCUGCAGCUCACUGUGCUGCGGCCGCGGACACAACAUCCUGAAACAGACACGCAGCGAGCGCUGCAACUGCAGAUUUCACUGGUGCUGCUAUGUGCUGUGUGAGGAGUGUCGCCUCACCGAGUGGGUCAAUGUGUGCAAGUAGAUUCCAGUUCACCCGGUCCCAGCUGCCUUGAUCCAUCCAGGACUCAAGAUUGUGAGCUUGUCCCUUGGCCCACUCCUGUUGUUUUGAGUGUUUGUUUUGCUCUUUGUGUAACUCUCCCAGAGAAUCUGUUUACCCCCCCAUCCCCUACCACCACCAACACCCACCCCUUUCCUUUUUUCGGCCCAUCAUCUGGGAUCUAUUUUCCCCUUUGUAGCCGCUGUUAUUCUCAAAAUGCCAAGUCAGAGAUUGACGAGGUGAUUCAUGACAUUUGUCUUGCCAUGGUCUGUUUAGACGCUGCCCCCUCAGCCGUGAAAACGGCCGUUACCCCAUCUUUCCUGUACCGCAAAACAAAGACACAAAAAAGCAUUUCUAUUGCAGUGUCUUCACUCAUCGUGUUGUACAAUAGCUGUGUAUUUUAAUGUGUGUGUAUAUUUGUAAAUGUUAUUAUUAAUAUUAUAAUUGUGUUGGUGCCUGUCUUUUUGGUUCUACUUAAUGAUUGAUGCUGGCUCAGCAUGGUGAACCCGUGCUAGUAGACAUAUACAGUAUAUAUAUGUACAUGUCACUCAUACUUUGAACCUCAGACUGAGCAACGAUGGGAAUCAGUCUCCGAAUCUAUCUAGACAAAGGAUUAAUGAAGGCAGAAUAGAGUAUGGAGUGUUUUUGUGUGGUGUUGAAGCACUGAUGCAUUUGAUAGAAAGUCUUCUUACAGAGGCAACAAGACAGAAAGCACAUGCAUGACUUUUUAUAAGCUCAUCAAAGCUCGUAUGCCUGUAAAACUCAAGAUGAGAAAGUUGAUACCACGUCGGGUCUGGAAACAGAUCCAGUCCUCUAAUCCCUUACGCUGAAUAACUAAUCAUUUUGAUUUAUUUAUACUAUUGUAAUGAUAGUUAUUACUUCAUGAGAGUGGUCACUAUAGUGGUCAUGUUUUUUUUUUUCAUGAAUUCACGUCAAUAUUAUGACAGAAAUAUGCUUCCUCUCUGAAUAACUGUGAUGUGAUGUGUGUGUCACUUUGCUAUGAAAUCAUGACUGAGA